AUGGCCCAAUCUUCGUGCCCCCUUCCUCCCCAGACCCCAGCUGCCAGCGGCAUCAAGGUUGCCAAAGAGACAGGUCAAGAGAUUGUUAGGCCCGAUAUCUCUUGGAUCCCUUCAUACAAGGUCUACAAGGACCGUGAAGAACGCUUGAAGCUGCUUUACCCAAAUCGCCACACAACUCUACCCUCUGAAUGGCCUGCUGAAGUUAAAGCCCCUAGGGUUUGGUCCGGUUCCGACUUCAAAUCAGAGGACGAGUAUGUUGUGCAGUUGAGUGCUGAAGACAUCGCUGAGAUUGAGGCUGGUCUUGCGCACUUCAAGAGGAACCUUGGUCCUGCCCAGGUCAACAAAGACACCUUUCCACUUCCUAGUCUAAGCGCUCGUCUCGAGGAGGUGUCUGAGAUUAUUCAUGAAGGACGAGGCUUUGUCAUUCUGCGGGGCCUUCAGCCGGACAAGUACUCCAAUCUAGACAACAUUCUGCUGUACCUUGGAGUAACAAGCUACAUUGCUGAGACUCGUGGAAUGCAGGACUUUGAUGGACGGAUGAUCCUUCACAUCUCUGCUGUCGUUGAAGAUAAGAAGAAUGGCAACAUGGCCCACGGCCCUAACUCUCCCUAUGUUACACGUGCUCAACCGUUCCAUGCCGAUCUGUGCGAUGUGCUCGCGCUGUACGCGCUGAAUGUGGCUGCAUACGGAGGGGAGUCCUACCUCGCGUCUACGGCCAAGAUCUACAACGAGCUUGCAAAGACUAGGCCAGACAUCAUCGAAGUGCUGGCCAAGGAUGACUGGGUGUUUGACGAAUUUUUUGAGGGUCAAUACCACAAUCGCCCACUCCUCUACAACUUCCCAGACCAUGGCCCAGUCUUUCAGUUCUCCCGCCGGCCGCUCACGGGUUCGCAUUUCUCACCUCAUCACCCCGCUGUGCCAGCCAUGACCGAGAUUCAAGCCGAGGCCCUCGAUGCUGUGCACUUCACGGCGCGUGAGCACGCCCUGGAGCUCCGCUUCAAGCCCGGAGACAUGCUGAUUUUCAAUAACUUCGCCAUGCUCCAUGCUCGCAGCGGGUUCGCUGACGACGAGGCUCAGGGCCGCAAGCGGCACCUUCUUCGGCUGUGGCUUCGCAAUGAACAACGUCGUUGGAAGCUUCCUGCGGGACAGCUUGAGCGCAUCAGCUGGGAGUGCUACGGGGACCAUCAAUGGCGCCGUGAGCUCGAGGUUUGGGAUAUUGACCGCAGCCCGCCGGAACUGAGGGUCAAGCAUCGCCGCGCGAGCUGCGCUUGA